UCACAUUCAUUCAUUCCCAAAUAUUAUAACAGUCACAGUCACAGAGAAACCGGCUUUGCUCCGAAGUCGGCGCCGGGAAGGGCAGAUGGCGACGACUCUACUCUCUCUCCCCCUCCAAACCCACUCCACGAAGCGCUCGUCGUCGCCGACUUCGAGUCUCCGCCGAGUUCGCGCUGCCGUCGGCCUAGACCUCAAAGACCAAAGGGUGGCGGUUAUAGGGCUAGGGGCAUCUGGGAGAUCGGCCGCAAGACUUGCUCUUGCUAGAGGUGCUUCUGUUCUAGCAGUCGAUAAGAAUGAAGAAUUGGUCCCCCUGGAAGAUGAUCCUCACUUUGCAGGAUUCGAUAACCUUCAGACCAUCCUUGGUCGCUGUGAUGAUCGGCUACUAUCAAAUGCAGAUAGAGUGGUUGUUUCUCCCGGAGUUCCAAUUCAGGAGUAUGGUCUUUCGACUUCGAUACAGUCUGAGAGGCAGGUGAUGUCUGAGUUGGACUUUGCAGCAGAGGUGCUGCCUCACGAUGUCAAGGUUUUGGCUGUGACAGGCACAAACGGGAAAUCCACAGUCACUACUUUUGCCGGACAGAUGCUUAAACACUUGGGUAUCGAAGCCUUCGUUGGAGGGAACCUCGGAACGCCUCUCUCAGAUGCUGCGAUCAGUUAUGUACAAGCGUCUUCAUUGCACGACUUAUUUCAGGUUGCUGUUGUGGAAGUCAGCAGCUAUCAAAUGGAAAUCCCACACAAAUUCUUCUCUCCCUCGGUUGCGGUGGUUCUAAACCUCACUCCCGAUCAUCUAGAGAGGCACGGGACGAUGCAGAACUAUGCUGCUAUGAAAUGCCGCUUGUUUUCUCGCAUGAAACAUAGCAAGCUCGCAAUCCUUCCUGUUGGAAACAAGUAUAUAAAUGAAGCUUUUAGCUGCCAUGCCGACCGAUGUAAUGUUGCUCGGAUCGGAGAUUUUCCAGGAAUAAAGAUCGACACGGAGGCUAAGAUCGCCGAAUUUCGUAAUCCAGCGAACGGAUCGAUCAAUUACCUGCAGUUGGGUGCUUUGAAAGCAGUAGGCACCCACAAUUACAGCAACGCGGCGGUCGCUGCGUCUGCGGUUCUCGGAUUGGAUGUUGGUAUAAGCGCCGAUUCCAUCAAUUCGACAGUGGAAACCUUGAGUCUCCUGCCUCACCGAAUGCAAGUUGUCUGUACAGAUGAAUUUGGAGUGAUGUGGGUUGAUGACAGCAAGGCCACGAAUGUCGAAUCAACGUAUACGGGAUUAAUGGGUCUCAAAGAUCACAAAGCAAUUGUACUUCUUGGUGGUGUUGCUAAGGUUUUGAGUGAUCGAGGAUCAAACGGUUUUGAACAACUAGUUGGGCUCCUUAAGCAUCAUAAAGGUGUCAUUACUUUUGGUUCUUCAGGUGAAAUGAUACACAGAACCCUGUGUGAUGGAGGACUUAGUAUUCCUUGUUACAAGACUAAAACUCUCGCGGAGGCUGCGAUCUGCGCCAGAAGCAUUGCCAGAAACGGCGAUACGAUUCUUCUGAGCCCAGGUUGUGCCAGCUUCGACGAGUUCAGGAAUUUCGAACACCGCGGAGAAGUUUUUCAGAAACUGGCUCUGCAAUCAUUGGAAUAAAUCUCUCUUCUUUUUUUUUUUGCCUCUUGUAAUUAAGAAAGAAAAGAAAAAAAAUAAGUUCCUCAGUUUAUACACACACUGUCUGUUAUUAUGCUUGAUGAAACUCUAUGUUAGUAAUAAUAUUGAGCAUCAAAGUUUUGAUU